UUUUUUUUUUUUUUUUUUUGGGGGGGAUUUGCAAAACCUAUUUCAUGCAUGUCCUGUGGGGGCAGGUUCAAUUUUGAUGAUGGGGGGUCAUACUGCGGAGGUUGGGAGGAUGGCAAGGCUCACGGCCACGGGAUCUGCACUGGCCCCAAGGGACAGGGCGAGUAUUCAGGGUCCUGGAGUCAUGGCUUUGAGGUGGUGGGAGUCUACACAUGGCCGAGUGGCAACACUUUCCAAGGGACUUGGGCACAGGGCAAGAGGCAUGGCAUCGGGGUGGAGAGCAAAGGGAAGUGGGUAUAUAAAGGCGAAUGGACUCAUGGAUUUAAGGGACGCUAUGGGGUACGUGAAAGCACGGGCAAUGGGGCCAAAUACGAAGGCACCUGGAACAACGGGCUACAAGACGGCUACGGGACUGAGACCUACUCUGACGGAGGUACCUAUCAGGGUCAGUGGGUGGGAGGAAUGCGGCACGGAUACGGUGUCCGGCAGAGCGUCCCGUACGGAAUUGCAGCCGUCAUCCGCUCUCCGCUCCGAACCUCUAUAAACUCCCUGCGCAGUGAGCACAGCAACGGCACGGCGCUGCACCCGGAUGCUGUGGGGGGAGCAGGGGGUGCAGUGGCUGGCAGCCCGGCUGUCUCCAGAGGGGGCUUCGUCCUCACCAUGCACAGCGAUGCAGAGCUGCUCAAGAGCAAGAAGAAGGGACUUUUCCGGAGGUCGAUACUGAGCGGGCUGAAGCUGCGCAAAUCCGAGUCCAAGAGCUCGCUGGCCAGCCAGAGAAGCAAGCAGAGCUCCUUCCGCAGCGAGGCCGGUAUGAGUACCGUCAGCUCAGCCGCCAGCGAUAUCAACUCCACCAUCAGUCUGGGGGAGGGCGAUACUGACCUCUCUGUCAUUGAAGAUGAUAUUGACGCCACCACCACUGAGACCUACAUAGGGGAGUGGAAGAGCGACAAAAGGGCUGGCUUCGGGCUGAGUCGGCGCUCCGACGGGCUCAAGUACGAGGGGGAGUGGGUCAGCAACAAGCGCCACGGCUACGGCUGCACCACUUUCCCCGACGGCACCAAGGAGGAAGGGAAGUACAAGCAGAACAUCCUGGUGAGCGGCAAGCGGAAGAACCUCAUUCCACUGCGGGUGAGUAAGAUCCGGGAGAAGGUGGACCGCGCCGUGGAAGCUGCCGAAAGGGCCUCGAAUGACGCCAAACAGAAAGCGGAAAUUGCUCUAUCCAGGACAUCUCAUGCGCGGGGGAAGGCGGAGGCAGCAGUGGCCGCUGCUCAGAAAGCCCAGGAGGAAGCACGGCUCGCCGGGAUCACUGCCAAAGAAUUCUCCCCUUCUUUCCAGCACCGGGGAAACGGGCUGGAGUGCCAAAGGCCAAAGCAUCAGAACUCGAGUGAGAACGACAUUGAAGUGACCUCCACGGGGACCCCCGACAGCCCCGAGCUGCACAUGAAGGGGACGACCCCCCAUGAUCUCACCCCAGACCAGAGCCCCUCACCCAGCCGGCCCGCCACCCCUCCCUCCGCCAGCCCCUCCAAGCUUUCUCGCCGCACCAAGAAUGCCAGAUUCCUGCGGCAGACAGCUGUUGACGACGACCGGGGCGCAGGCGAAAUCCAGGUACUCGUGGAAGGGAGGGGGGGAGCAAGGGAGUACCUGCGACCCAGCAGGCGAAACGAGGAGAAGCGGCUGACAGCACUGGGACCCAGCAGUAGAGGUGGCAGUCGAGGGAGCAGCAGAUCCAACACCCCUUCCAUCCAGGAAGACACAAGGGUCCGAAGCAGUAAUGGUCACAAGCAAGCAUCGUUCAACCACAAGCACCGAGAGCGAUGGUCUGACUGCCCCAGCACCGUCUCCUGGGCGACACACCGCUCCCACAGUGAAAUCCUAGCCAACUCCCGGCUGCUGGAGCAGGACGAGGAGAAACUCAGCAACUAUGAGAUGGAGAUGAAGCCCCUGAAAAGAAUGGAUUCCUAUAUGCAAGAAACUCAUUCUAAAAAGCACCACGCAGCUUCCUCUGCAUCCGGCACCGCUCAUGGCUCUCCCAGCCCUGCCGAGGACAACCAUUCAGAGCCCAGGGCCUUCAGGGUUCAAAGAAUGAGAGGCAAAUGCCAGCCCAAGGUGAGCGUGCGGCCCUUCGAGCCCCCCACGGUACAGAAGCUGGAUAGCUGCCUCCGACUGGGGGACAAACUUGAGUCUCGGCCCCUCAGAAGGGAUUUGACCCUUUCCCCCCCACAGAAAUCUUUACCCAUUGCACUAGAGCACGAUGAAGAGAAUUUAAGUGAACUCAAAUCAGACUCGGGCUCCAGUUCUAUCCUGGUUGUUAUGGUGAUCUUGCUAAACAUUGGAGUUGCCAUUUUGUUUAUUCACUUUUUUAUUUAAUGUAAUGCCUAUUAUUACUGUUAUUAUUUACUAUGAUU